UAUCCCAACCCACAACACUUUUCGUUAACAACUACUCCCUUGCCGUUCUCACGCGAAGCAGCUUUCUGCCUUCCCACGCCUUCGCCCCCUCGCUCUCAGUUCGACCAUCGACCUCUGUCUCCUGGCCGAUCUCGUCGUCGCCGAUGGGGCUUUCAUGGAGAAAGAUCUCCCGCAACUAUUCCCCCUCCCCUCUCUCCUUCAAAGAUAUCAACUCUCUCCUCCUCGAAGACGACCCUCCCGUCUUGCAACGCUCCAUCUCCGCCGCCACGGCCCUCCGAUUCUUCCGCCCCUUCACACCGGUGCCCCGGCCCGAUCGCAUAGAGGACCAGAAACGGAUAUUGCUAUACUACACAAGCCUCCGCGUGGUCCGCCGAACCUUCGAGGACUGCUGCGCCGUGCGCAAUAUACUCCGCUGCCUCCGCGUCGCCAUCGAUGAACGUGACCUCUCCUUAGACUCGCGAUUCCUCUCUGAGCUGAAGGAAAUCUUGAGCGAAAAGCAGCGGCAGCAGCAGAUCAUACUCCCGCAGUUGUUCAUCGGCAGCCGCUACAUCGGCGGCGCCGACGAGAUCUGGCGCUUGCACGAGACCGGUGAGCUGAAGAAGCUCGUAACGGGGUUCCGGAUCUGUCAUGCCUGUAACAAGAACGGCCUCGCCCGCUGCCCUGAUUGCUCGCUCGGUUAGGCAACGCGUGGUGAUCAAAUUAGCUUUAUUGGAUCCUUCUUCCCGACCUCCUAAUUGUUUUCUAACUGGGCGUUUCUAUCAAAAAUUUCGAAUUGGAUCAACAGCGUUCUUUCCUCUGCAAUCCCUCUUUGGAUUUUCUUUCUCCUAUUGCUGCCUGUUCGCGAAUGCAGGUGCUCGAUGUGAGUUCAGAGAGUGUAGAUGAAGAAAACAGUACAAUUUUGUAUAAAAAAAAUUAAUGUGGUAUUUGGCUUAGCUAAUGUUUUAAUUCAAAGUUAUUUCAUCAGCA